AUGCCUCAAAGCCGCGAACUUACUAAUAAAAAGAACGAUAAUAAGGAUCGCCACUCUCGUGGUCCCGUGGGUACGGGCGCUAAUGGACCUAAGAAAGGAGGUGCUGGCGCCCACAACUGGGGCGUUUCGACAGCUGAAGAAGGCGCCAUUGCAGCUGUGGACCGCAACGAUCCCAACUAUGACAGCUCGGAAGAACACUAG